GACAAAAUUCUGAAAUUUUUGAAGAUGUACCCCUUGAUAAUAUACCUCCACUUGAAACUGACGGCGAAAUGGAUACUCUUGGCGACUUAUGCGACUGGCUUAGGAGAAUAUAUAGUCUUGAAUUUUCCAAAGUUAUAUCUUACGGAAAGCUAAUUCCAUCUUACAGAUUACUACCUGAUAAUUUACAAAAAAGAUUAUUUGAUUUAACUGGUUAUAGUGAAGGCGAAUUAGUUCCUAAUAUUCCAGAAAAAAAAUAUGAAAGAAAAGAAUUUGUAAAAUGGAUAUCAUUAAGGCCUAAACUCGAAUUAUUUUUAUGGGACUGGCUUCACAAUAGUUCACUCCAAUAUGGAGUGAUUCUAUACAAAUCAAAUCUCGGGCAUGGAAAAAAGGCGGCUUUUAAGUUUUUAAGGGUACCUCACGCUACUGAAAUCAAAAAAGUCACACUUUUAUUAUCACAACCCCGAAAUCGUCAAGAAGCAUAUUUAUUAGAGAAUGGCAUAAUUCUGAAAGAUGGGGAUAAUUUAGAUCUUAAUAAUAUCCCUUUCGCUGAAUAUAAUUCAAUACUUAGCCGUCCUUUGGAGGAUUUCAAGUUUGCUAAAAAUCAACCGUCUCGAGCCAUUUACUGUCAAAUAAUUGUCAAUGUGGCAAAACUUUCCUUUAAUCUUACGGAUAUCAAAUCCUUAAAGAAAUAUUCAGAUAGCGUUAACAUAGCACUUCAAAGUAAUGAACCAUAUAAAAAUCUUUGCAAAAUAUUUGGAGAUGACUAUGGACAUAUAUUACCUAGAACUUUAACCGUAGAUUAUCCACGAUUAAUCAAUAAAAUUGAAUAUCAGUUGACGGAGUGGAAAAAACAAUUUGAAGUAGACACUUCAUUUUUUAUUAAUGAUAUCGGUGAUAUUGUGCACCGCGACAAAAUUGGUACUUGGCUUGAAGAUUUCUUGUAUCUGACUGAAGAAGCAGUAGGUCAAAAUUGGAAUGUUGUUUCUUAUGAAGACUGGGUGCCAUUAUACAAGAUUUUGAGAAAAACAGGCCCUAUCAUUGAUAAUACUUUUAGCCAAUAUCAAAUUGUUUUUAAUGGAGAAGAAUUAUUCCAGAAGGAUGAACAGGAUAUUUUUGUCAUUAGAUUCCCUGGUUCACUUAUUGACAGUAACUAUUACAUUUUUGGAGCCAUCGUAAAGAAAAAUGAAAAGGGAGAUUGG